AGGUUCAUAUUUCCGCUGUUUUCUCGUACAUCCGGAAAAUCCAGAGGAUUUUAUUAGGUUCCGCAAUGGAUAUACCAAGAAUAAUGGUAUUUCGACCAACGUGGGAGGAGUUCCAGGAUUUCCCCGCUUAUAUCAACUACAUGGAAUCGAAAGGAGCCCAUAAAGCUGGUUUGGUGAAGGUCAUCCCACCGCCGGAAUGGGUUCCCCGCAAGCAGGGCUACGACGUGAAGAACAUAAACGUUACCAUUCGGACGCCCAUUUCGCAGGUGGUUUCCGGAAUGCAAGGGCUCUAUCAGCAGCUGAACAUUCAGAAACGCUCGUUGACGGUGCAGGAGUUUUACAAGAAAACUCUCCUGGAACGGCACGCUACUCCCAGGCACUUUGACUACGAAGAUCUGGAGAAAAAGUUUUGGAAAAAUGUAACCUACGUUGCCCCUACCUAUGGGGCCGAUGUUCCCGGAAGCUUAACCGACUCGGACGUCAAGGUUUGGAACAUCAAUCGGUUGGGAACUAUUUUGGAUUACGUUAAUGCGGAUUAUAACAUUUCCAUCGCCGGUGUCAAUACGGCCUAUUUGUAUUUUGGAAUGUGGAAGACCACAUUUGCUUGGCACACGGAGGAUAUGGAUCUGUAUUCGAUAAAUUUCUUGCAUUUUGGAGCUCCAAAAACUUGGUACGCGAUUCCACCGGAACAUGGAAAGAAACUGGAAAAAUUGGCCGAACGAUUUUUUCCGGCCAACUAUCAGGAGUGCAAAGCAUUUCUGAGGCACAAAAUGACCCUGAUUAGUACCCAGGUUUUAAAACAGAAUGGAAUUCCUUUUAACAAAAUUACACAACAGCCAGGCGAGAUAAUGAUAACUUUCCCGUACGGCUAUCAUGCUGGGUUUAAUCAUGGUUUCAACUGUGCUGAAUCGACCAAUUUUGCCACGGAACGAUGGAUUGAAUACGGGAAGCGAGCUUCCGUUUGCAACUGUCGACCUGACAUGGUAAAAAUUGCGAUGGAAACUUUCGUGAGAAGAUUUCAGCCGGAACAGUAUGAAAACUGGUUACGCGGUGAAGAUUACGGUUAUCACCCGGAGGAUCCGAACAAUUACUGCGCUGCACCGAAACCUCGGUCACUGCCAAAGAACUAUCGGAAUAAAAUUCUUGAACAAAUGCAGGAACAGAAGCGGGGCUGUGCCCCUAUUAAGGUUGAUAAAAAGAAAACUCCCAAAAAGACUGAGAAAACAAAGGACAAACUGAAGUCCAUCUGGAGCCAGCUGGAAGGAAGAGAAGGUGGAGUUGCAACUAAUCUGCUGCUGGAUGGUCCCGUUAAGAACACUAAUCGAAUUCGUUUCCAAACGCGCACCAUCAAUCUGCUGGAUGAUUGACAGAUGUUGCGGCGUGCCGCAACUGGUAGCAGCGUGGAUAAGUGAUUGUAAAUAGCGCAAACAUUCAGUGACCGUAGAUCGGUCUGAUCGUUUGGAAAAUCUAUCAUAAUUCUCUCUAGUCAAUGAGAGCUUCGGUAUGUUGUUACAUAUUAUUAUUUCAUAUCAGCUUUUGAUUUUUAGAAGCUUAAUUAUUUUUAGUGAGUUAUCUAUUGUAUAGAUUUAAUCUUUAGCGAAUAAUUUAGUGAUAUCUAAAUAAUUGUGAAUUAAAGCGGAUGAAAAAGGAGAGUUUAUUUUCUCUGCCUAAAUUUUUGACACAUUGGUUUGCAGAAACAUUCACUGUGUUUAUGUUUUUUAUAUGUAACCGUCUGCCGGGGUGAGAUUGGGCCAAAAAAGCAUAUGUUUUUGUUCUUUAGCUUGUUAUACACACAAUUUCGCGAUUACGUUGAU